GCACACCAAGAGCUUCUGGACCGGUUGGAGGUUUGGUUCGACAGGAUCGAGGACGUCCUCGAACGGCGGCCAGGACCACACGAGGCCCAUCGCUUGGAACUCUCGUCGGCUUCGGAAAGGAACUCAUUCAACGCAACUUCGGAGUAUGUUGAGGAGGUUGCAAAGCAAGCAUCCGUGCUUGCGGUGAACCAUUCCUUGCACACAUUGCCGUCUGGGCUGACCGUGAACCAGGCUGCGACGACCAAAACCUCUCCCGCUGACGAGUAUGCACAGGCGAAGGAGCAAGGGUCUCGGAUGGAGUCCUUCAAGCAGUACGUGUCCUCCAGCCAGGUCGCGUCGAAACCGCAAGGCAGAGUAGCCCAAGGCCUUGAGUGCAUUCAACAAUCCGCUGCCUAUCUGGCAGACAGCUUGGCUUUUAACGUUUUUUUCGCCAUUGUGAUCUUCAGCAACUCUGUGUUCCUUGGUAUGCAGCUUGAGUGGAGCGCCCUGAAAGUCGACAAGUUCGUGGAGCCGGCGUUUCUGGUGGCCCAUAUGGUCUAUGCCGUCUUGUUCACGUUGGAGAUGAGCGUGAGAGUGGCCGCGGUGGGCGUUCGCAGCUACUUCUUUGGCCAGAGCUGGGCCUGGAAUUGGCUGGACGUCGUCGUGGUGGUCCCGGCCUGGGUGGAGUUGGCCAUGGACUUCGCCAUGCGGGGAGGUACCGAGGGGACCGGAACCAGCAACUUCCGCAUCAUCCGGGUCUUCAAGAUCACCAGGCUCCUGCAAGUGGUGCGCUCCCUAAGAAUCGUCCGCUUCAUCGGGGCACUUCGGGCACUGGUGAUGUCGGUGGUGGACACCACUCGGCAACUGAUUUGGGCUUUGAUAUUGUUGGCACUUGUGAUAUAUAGCUUUGCCAUACUCUUCACCGACGCAUGCCAAGACCACAUGUUCCGCAAUGGACGCGUGGACAGCAUGGAUGAGCACUUCGGCAGUGUCUAUGCGUCAAGCACAACGCUCUUCCAAUCGAUCUUAGCUGGCAUGGACUGGAAAGUCGCCGCAGAUUCGCUGCUUCCGCUGGGCAUUUUCUGGGUCCAGCUCUUCAACCUCUACAUCGCUUUCUGUGGAUUUGCUGUACUGAAUGUGAUGACGGGCGUCUUCGUCAACAGUGCCAUAAAGACUCGGGAGAAGGACCACGAAACCAUGAUGCAGAACGUGCAGCGCUUCAAAGAUUUGGUGGCGAAGGUGUGGAAGAAGAUCGACGUCUCUGGCCUCGGGCAGCUGACGAUUUCGGAGUUCGAGCAGAUCUUCAAAGAUGAGGACAUGAUGGCAUUUUUUGAUGCCAUCGAAAUCAAUGCCGUGGAUGCCUGGACACUUUUCGACAGCCUCGAUGCUGACCGAGAUCACUUGGUGAGCUACGAAGAAUUUUCGACGAGAUGCAUGCAAUUGCAUGGUCCCGCCCGAUCUGUGGACCUCUUUGCGCUCAAGUCGCAGCAGGACAAGAUGUGGAAUCAGCUCAAGAGCCUCGAAACGAUCAGCGAAGCGAGUGCGGUGCAGAUCGGAAUGCUAUUGCGAGUGGUGGCGACGGAACGGACUGGGCAGAGGAUGGAUCCCGGCUCUUCCACCUGGGGCGUGUAA